GCUCCCCCUCGGCUCCCCGCCCCGGUCCCGCCUCUCCCCCCGGCUCUGCCGAGCUCCCCCCGCUCGGCGCACCCCGGCCCCGUCUGCGUUUCCGCGAGCUCCCGCCCCAGCUGCCCACCCUGCCCUUCCUCGGGAGUUGGAACCCCUUCGCGAAUCCCUCGUGCCCCGAAGAGGUGCCUGCCAGCCAGCCCCCUACGCCCCGGAGGGUGGACCAGACCCCAGAGCUUUAUAGGGUCCUUUGUCCCGAUCCGAAUAGGGAUGUUUCUAGCCCUGCUAGCCCUCUGCUGUGUCUGCAUCCCACCUUAUAACUCGACACCACCAUAUGCGCCCACGUGGUGCUCUUACUUUUGCUGUAUGGACUCUUGCUCAGUAGCAUGGGAGAAGAGGAAGGAGUACAUCAAACACAGUUACUGGACACAAUGUUUGUUCGAGGACUAAAGAGAAAAUGUUUUGAUGGUGAAGAAGAUGUUGAAGGGACUCUGGCUGGUAUUAAGGCUAUUCCUUCCUAUAAUCUUCAGAGGCAGUCGCUUUUAGAUAUGUCCUUGGUUAAACUUCAGCUGUGUCACAUGCUGGUUGAACCCAACCUCUGUCGUUCGGUACUUAUAGCCAACACGGUACGUCAGAUCCAAGAGGAAAUGACUCAGGAUGGGACUUGGCAGAUGAUAAGUACACAGAGUACAGGGCAGACAUCCCUGGAUCGUCUUGUUUCAACAGAUAUCCUCUGUCGUUCAUCUAGGGAACAAGCUGAGGGAAAGCAUGUUCCAGGCUAUGGUACUUUGAGUAAAGACUUUGAGGGUGACGAGGGACAAGAUAGUUCAGAAACUAUGUCAACAGCCUCUUCAGUGCAAGCUCCGAGAAACCUGCAAGGCAACGUGUGGGAAAUGGAGAAUCCACAAGAAAAUAAAGGAAACUUUCAGAAAUCUUUAGAUCAAAUAUUUGAGACACUGGAGAAUAAAAGUCCUAAUUCGGUUGAAGAUCUGUUUUCAGAAGUUGACAAUUCUUACUAUGAUCUUGAUACUAUGUUAACAGGCAUGAUGAGCAACACAAAAAUGGGACAUUGUGAUGGGCUUGAAACAUUUUCUUCUCCAACAAAUACAGCUUCUAACUCUAAUUGUAAAUCUGAUCUUAAUGAGCUUGAUCAUAUUGUGGAAAUCCUUGUUGAAUCCUGAGACUCCUUGUGUAGGAGGUAAAGAUCUGUAAAUGCGAAGAAAAGACUUGAGAGUUUAAUGUUAAUGGGAAGAAAAGACUCCAUAGUUUGUUCUAUCAAAUCUGCACGAGUAUUUUACAAAUAUCUAUAUAUUAUAUAGAUAUAUAUAUUAAGAAGCACUUCAUAUUGCAAAAUAGUGUUAACUCUUAAAGUUAACCUGCAACUUGUAGUGUAAUAAUCUGAUUUAUCAUCCACUGAACUGUAAGUACAUACGGUAAAUGUUUCUAAGUUCGGGGUCCAAGGCUCUUGAAAUUGGGUUCCUUUUACCAAUUUGUUUUAGCCUUUGAUGGAGGAUAAGCUCAGUGAGAGGAACUCUGUCAUCUUCUUAUACUUCUCCCCAUAAAAGUGAUAAUAAACCGAGAGAGAAGUUGGAUAACUGGUUUCCUAUUUUCCUCCGGUUUCCACUUUGUGGUGUGUUACACCACAAAACUCCUACCAUAUCUGCUGCUUCUGUUCUAAGUCUCUACAUGGCUCUUAAAGAGCAGUAUGCAAUAGUUCCUGUUACCCUUGCUAGCUUCUUCUGGGUUUUGCUACAAUUUUUACUUCACAAAUAGUUUUAAAGUGUUUACUGGUGUUUAGAUCUUUCCAGGUAUUUUCCUAAAAUAUAUUUUUAAUACAGAUGUUAUGUCAGCUGCUAACUUAGUAACUUUUGAUCAUAUCUGCAGUUGAUGUAUUUUUUGCAAGAUUUUCAAAAAGGGAUGUUUUUUUACCAUGAGCUACCUAAUGUAGUUCAGUAAAGUGUAUGUAAAUGUAAAUAUACAAUUUUAUACUUUACAUUAAAAUGUAAGAGCUGUUUUCAUUAUUCUGUUUUAUAGAGUAGUACUUUACUAAAUUGAGAAUUGUACAUUUAUGCUUUUCAUACCCCGCAUACUUGAGUAUCAUUAUAGGAAGAGCUUUGAUCCAGCUAGAUACAAUUACAUUUAAUUCAUUUCAGACCAUACUUUUUGUUAACUACAAACCUAAAUUACGUAGGUUUUUAUUUAUGUGUAUUUAUAUGUAAAUGUCAUCAAGUGAAUUGUUUAUCACUGAAGUCUACCAUCAAGUAUUUGUUUAUAUGGGAUAACUAUCUUGCACUAAUUACUACAAAAAGUGUUAUUAGCGGCCUUUACAUCUCACUGGUAUGUCAUGAUGUCUUGUCAUAAUUAAUAUGCUCCACUCUUACCAAGGGUUUCCUCUUGGCUUUUUUUUUAUAAUAACAAAAGGUAAAACCACAUGGGAUGGUGGUCUUUUCUUCACAUUCAGUUUAGAAUGUAUAUAAUUAGACUUCUUCCUAUGAGGCUUUUUUAGGGGAAAGGAAUAAUUCAAGUACAGCCUAUGGUUUUGUUACAAAAUAACAAAUGUUUGCCAUCACAAGCUGCUGCUGGGGAAAAAGCCCCAAGCUAGCAGGGAGCAGAGAAGAGGAAAAGAUGGACUGGUUUCUGGAAUGUGUUAGCGCUGGCUCUGCCAGGGGAGACAUCUGCCAGUGACUCGGUUGUUUUCUGUAGAUCUGAACCAAGCAAGUUGCUGAACAUGAAGAGAACACCGUGCUGUGUCUGACAAGCUCUGCCUUCCCACGAGUGACCUUCCCUACUAUGCACUGUCCUUGGCAGAUCCUCAAACCCCUGAAAAGGGAACUGGUGGGGUGGGAAGUACCAAGGGGGUGUUAAGGACCUUUGAGUAUCACAUCAAGAAAAGGAGACCACUGAGCUUAUGUUUUAAACAAGUGCUUUAGAAUCAUGUGCUUUGAGGAAAAAUUAGAGCAUUUAGCUAAAUUUUUCAAACUCAAUAGUUGCAUGAAUAUUGGUUCCAUUGCAUGAAACCACACACUUGGUGUGAGUCUUCAGUGAAUCUGAAAGUGUUUCUUGUAUUAAGUUUGGCAUAACAUAAUCUGUAGUGACUGUAGUAGUUAAGCUUUGCUUCCUCAAUUAAAGCUUGAUUAAUAACUUCACAUUAAAGGAUGAAAUACCACAUAGGCACUUGCAAGUUCAGUCCAUAUGAUAUAGCUGGACCAAAGAAAAACCAAUGCUACAUGUCUUAAUCAAUUGAGAUGGGUGUUGCAGUAGUUCAUCUUGCUUCAGGAGUCUACAAAUGUUGAUCAAACUGUCAUACCUCCCAAUGAAAUAACAGUCUGCUUUAUUUGGUAGUGUUUGCUGUAGAGAUUGCUCCAAAAUUAUAAACCUGCAGGUAAUUUUUGCUUGAUGCUUUUCUGCGUGUGAACCACUGAAUUGGACAGCAGAUGCCUUAGGGUAAAGCAGAAAGCCAGGCAGUUUUAUAAAGGGAACAUCAUCGUUAAAUUGAAUAACUAAAUAUCUUCUGUUUCUCUGGGAAAGUUCCCCAAAACUGCUCUAAACUGUCUUUAAAUAGUCUGAACUGUCUGCAUGUUGCAGGUAGGAAUUAGUAUCAUUUAUUCAUAACUGUUACAUAUGUCAGAUGCACGUGUGUGUAUUUCUAACUCUAUACCUUUAUACUGUACAGUGGAUCUAGCUGGGUGCAUUCCUUUACUGGGGAAGCUGUGCCUAAUUAAAACAAUUUGUACAGACUGUGUGGUUUAACGGGAAAGGUAUUGGGUAAAUAUGCUUUUAUGGAGUUAAGCAUUUAAACAGAAAUAUAUAUCCUGUUUUAUUACAUUCUUAAAACUUACGCCAAAUAUGUGCUUUUACAAGCCUGACGUCUUGGCUUGGCAGGUAUAAGAAUUGGUGUUGCUGAAACUUGCACAGUCACUGUACUGAUGUGUGCCUACAACUGGUCUGACUUUGCAGAGACCAGUCAGUGUAAAAUCAGCUUGUGUCCCCACUGCUCUAAUAACGUGUCUCAGUCUAAUUCAGCUGCUUGUGUUUUGCCUCUCCUGGUAGAAAAUGAGGAAAAAAGGAAUUAAAAAAAAGAGCUUUAUUUUCUAA